UAAAAUCAACUUUCAACCUUUCGUUUUGACCAUCGCGAACGCACUCAAACCUCCUCAACUGCCAGCAGUUGACAUCUAACUAUGUCACAUGCCCGAUCCUCCUCUCAGAACACUCACUCUAGCCCAGCAGACGCAUGCCUUUGCUUAUGCGGGUUGAAGUUGAAUCCCGAAGAUAAGGAAAAAUGCCCGGACCACUUGAAGAACUGGGAGCUGUGGAUGAAGAGACGCAAGAAAAUGCACGAAAAACUGGCUCAGAACCGGCACUGUCUUCCAGGCGAUCUGCUGAUGAACAGCGGUGAUGAUUAUCGCUCGAUUAUGGAGGAAAAACAGGUUCUGGAGUACCGGAAAAUAAACACCAACUUUGAUAAGUACAGAGGCAAUCCAGAUUUUUGGAAGUUGCCGGUUUCCUUAAAGAAUCGGGAGCCUCCCUUUAAAAGCUCUGAGUAUUUUGCAGUAAAGUCCAGGCCGGAGAAAAACGAAAUCCCUGAAGUGACUCAUGUGGGUGUGCCCAGCAGGAUUUUGGAGGAGAAAAAUCUGCUGCCUAGAACCCGAUGUCUGAAAAACCUCUGGACUGAGAGCAAAUAUCGUCAACAAACCGUCCAACUAGCCAGCGAAAAACUGCAGCAAAUCGUCCCGCUUAAACCCGACUUAAACCUCAUGAUUAUUGGCUCGAACCAAGCACACGAAGAGGAUAAAGAGCCGGUCGAAGGUCUGGAAAGCCCCAGGGUGUCCAUGAGCCCGCCUCCAGCCCCCAUCAGUAACAUCCGCUUGAAAAUCAACGGAAAAGAAGUGGAUGAAUUCACUAGCAAGGACAGGGAGAUUAGCUUAAUAUUCGAACACUUUGUUGGUGAAAAAGUUCCCGCUGAGCGAUGUGUAACUUUGGAAAACUCCGGCCAAGUAGCUUUGAGGAUCCUGUGGAGGCAAUAUGAGAAACUCAAAAUAUUUCGGGAAUUUACCGGGAAAACUUACAUUUUUCACCCUUUCACGUUCGACAAGAGGGAGCUUCUAUUGCCUCCUGGGAUGAAACACGAGCUCCCAAUUUGGUUCCGCAUGAACCAUCCAGGAAACCACUUUGAAUACUGGGAAAUCCACACCAUCCCCCGAAUCUGGAGCGAAAACUUCCGGUUUACCAUCCUGCUGAAAGGCUUCGCUUUCAUUAAGGACUUGGACCUUCGCAUGCAUGAACUAACUGAAAAAUUGCGGCAAAGAAUCCGCGACACCUGUGUAAAAGAUGUGCUCAAUGCGGCCAUAACUAAAGUCAACUACUGCAACCCAACCACAAGCUCUYUAUAUAACUUCAGCGAACGGGAGUUAUUUGAGAGCGCCAACUUGGAGGAAACCUUCUGCAAACAAUCGGSUCAAUACGUUUUCAACUCUGCAGUGGUAGAUGAGUUGAGGGAGUUUUAUCGGGAGAUCCGGCUUCAGAAGGACCCGGAUGAAUGGGAUCUUUCCAUUGGAAAAUUGGUGGAAAUUUCCAGAAAAAGGGAUUUGCUUAUGUACUUUGAAAACAGGCUAGAGUUGUACAAGAAGGCGAAGGAGGGCAGGAAAAUGCUGCAAGAAGCUUCGGAUGUAAAAGCCAGAUCUAAGGAAGGAAGCCAGAAGUCUAAAAGGCCGAAGGAGGCUGAUAAAGCUGCAGCACCAGAAUUAUCUGGUCAUCCGCAAAUUCCCAGCUCUCACAGCAAACUCUGUGAGUUAUUGCAAAAACUGGAAAAACCUUCAAUUUACACCAACAAAGAACGCAAAAAAUACCUGUUUUGCUUCACCGUUUUGAAGACCUACUUGAUGAAAGCAUUCGACAAACUGACCGACUUGGAUGAACCACUUGAUAAUACGCAAAACUACAUCAACAAGUGCGUCAAACAACCUCUACUGCCAGAUCGACUAGUCUUUGAACUGUCUGAAGAAACGUACAUCUUACGAACGAAGAGAAUCAGCAGAGCGGAGGGAUCUUCAAACACGAAACCGAAAUCGGCGCUUGUUCGGGGAAUUGUAAGCUCUGAUGCCAAGAAGAUUUUUAAAGCUUAUUUUAGCAAAGAGGAGACCCCUAAGAAACCGGGGACAGCCAAAUCGGACGUUAGCGACGCGAAAAAGUCGCAAAAGAGCCAGAAGAGUGUUAAGCAGAAUAAGCAGGAUGUAGACUUGUACGCAUACGUCGAUCCCAACUACGAUCCAUUUUUCCAAGACCGUCAAGUGCCUGAAGAAGUAGCUUCUACCUCCUCUACUUCUUCAACAAUUAUAGCUACUGCCCUAAAAUCCAUCAGCCAGGAGAAGUAUUUGAUGGUCUACGUAGCUCUGGGGGAAGCUGUAGAUGCACUGGUGGAAACUAUAGAAAGUUUCAAAGAAACAAGCAUUUCUACUGAUUAUUUGGGCGAGUUAGGGAAAUGCUUGGCAAUACACCAGAAGCCUGUUGAAAAUCUUCAGGAGCAGGCAAGGGCUGAAGAUGUAACCUUCCAGGCAACCGAAUCGCAGUUGGAUUACUUCGACUUCUUGCAACAAACCCAUCAGAAUCAAAAUACCCAGAAGUACUUCAUAGAAGAGCGUCGACCGCCCAAUGUAGGCUUGCCAAAGAUUCUUCAGCUGGAAGAAACUGCGGCACCUUUAGAGAACGUGUUUUCCUUGCAAGAUUUUCUGCGGAAACCUGAGCCUUAUUGCCAGAAAAACGCCGCAGCACAAACGGAGUAUCUGCAAGAAAGUUUUACUGAUCUGGAAGAGGAAAAGUUGAGUGCCAGCUCAAAACAAUCCUCAAGUUCAAUCCAGUCCAAGAAUAUGUUUUAUUUCCUAGAUACUGACUCGCAAGAAAACUCCUGGAAAUGUUAAGGGAAAAUAAAACUAAAGUCGUUCAACUGA